AAAAGAAAGGAAGAGUAAUAGUAAAAGCCAAAAUAAGUACCUACCUGAUAUCUGACCUCCUGUCAAGGUCUCAUUUUGGCAGCUCGUCACAUUCGGCAGUGGGGUGCGCGCGACCAUGGCACGGAGCCGUUCAUUCGCUCGGUGGCCGCGUAGCCGUGAACUUGGCUCCCUGGCCCUGGGCUUAUCGGCGGCGCCGGCGGCCUAUAAUAGCCGGGCUGGCGACUCCCUCCGGUCCCAGAGCCGCCCGAGCCUCCGCCGCCAUGCUCCGUGCCUUGUGUUGCCUCGCCGUCAUCGCCGCAGCCUCCGCCUGCAAGCCCUGUACGUGCGGGGUGGCACGUGGUGCGCGCGUCAUCGGAGGCGGGCCCGCGGCACCGGGAGAGUUCCCGUGGCUGGCUGCGCUGCGCAAGGACGGCAAGUUCAUCUGCGGGGCCACCGUCGUCGCCGUCGACCACCUGUUGACCGCCUCGCACUGUGUGCAGGGGGUUGAAGCGUCCCGGCUAAACGUGCUUGUGGGAGAGUACGACGUAAACGAGUCGCAGUCGGAAGGUUUUCGAGUGGCGCACGUACUCCAGCACCCCGACUUCAACGGGUACACCUACGACAACGACAUCGCCGUUCUGCGCCUGGCCGAGCCACUUCCGGACCACCUCUUCCGACCAGCCUGCUUGCCCGAAGACGGAGAUCUCCUCGUUGGUGCCGAUGCCGUCGUGUCUGGAUGGGGCAGCACCGAAGAAAAAGGGCCUACAUCUAACAUACCCAUGAAAGUGGAAGUGAAGAUCUGGGAACAAGAAGAAUGCUCGACAGCAGGGUACGGGCGGCGUAAGGUGACUCCGCGCAUGCUGUGCGCCAACGCGCCCGAGCGGGACUCGUGCACCGGCGACUCCGGCGGACCGCUCGUGCUGCCGCGCCCGCACCACACCCUAGUCGGCAUAGUAUCGUGGGGGCGCGGCUGCGCGCGGCCGGGGUACCCCGGCGUGUACACGCGCGUCACCCGCUUCCUGUCGUGGCUGAAGGUCGCGCUGCGCCACGCCUGCUCCUGCUCGGCGCCACACUACUGAACCCAUCAGCGUUUGCGCAACAUACAUCAUUUCAAGGGCGACGGCCCUAGAACUGUGCAACUACUGGACGCUAUAAUAAACCUGUGAUCAUUGAGCAUUGGUCAAUGAAUAGUUUAGGUAAUGUAAGGGUGUCAUUUUGAGGCUCACUGAAAGAGACUACGGCGAUGCUCACAACUGGAAUACCUAGGCAUACGUCUAGGUAUUCCAGUUAAUAAUACUAUUAACGACAUAAUUAUCUGACCAUCAGUAUCUACCUAGACCUUAUCUCGUUGCUGUAUGUAUGGUUUAUGACACCGUUUGUGCUACAGCCCAAAUUGAACCGUACAAUCCUCAUUUCAUUGACCAAUGGAAUUACUGAAUUUAAAUCCCUACGUUUGCAGCGAUAGGCUAAACGCGAUGGCCAACUAGCUGCGUCGAUAGCAAAUUAGCAUUUAAUGAGGCUACAUUUCCAAGUAGGCUCAACCUGGCGAGAGUGGCGAGUUGCAUAGGUACUUCUGUCUUGUUGUCUUAUCCCAGCGCGCUGGGUUUAAGCCUACAUGGGAAUUCCAUGGACGAAGAAUAUACAAGGACACCCACGUCACUAAGACGGAGCUGUGACAGACACGCGGAACGCCGCGACAUGUUAUAUUUAUAAAUCGCAUUUUUUUUUUGUAAAAUGGCAUUAUUUUGUUAUCGAAGUUAUAUCUAAAGCUAGUUUGUUGUUUAUUAAGUAAGAUGUUACCAUAAAUUAUUACAUAUUUACCUAAUGUUACCAAUUAAACGCUUUAGGUAGGAAAUGGUUGUAAAUUACCAUGCAAUAGUUAAUUAUUAAUUAUUCUAUAAAAUCGACCAUAAGAUUCGUUGUGUUGUGCCGAACAUGUAAAUG